AUGUCAAUGGUCCUUUCAACCUGCAUAAUUAUUUGGAAGAGCUUAAAGUCCCUCAAACUUCUAGAAUACCACAGUACACCGCCAGAAGGGAUUCGAUGCGCUGCUGAAGUUCUUGCAGCCGAAGCUUUUGAGGCUCUCAAUGUCACAACUGUCGAAGAAGCUCGAGCACUUAAAUAUGAGACCAUCAUUAAAUACAUCGAGAAACUCCGGGACGGAGCCGGAAACCCCGUUCCAUACAUCACUGGAGCAAAUUUAGAUGAACACGGUGUAUCCGACACCUUCACAACCACCACCGCCGAUUAUAAGGAGUAUGUCGCCGGUAAUUAUGGCGAUUAUGCUAAUGAUUUUCUGAGUCUUUAUCCUGCCGAAAACAAUACUCAAGCGUCGCUCUCUGAAACUGCUCCUGUUCGUGACCAAAGAUAUACCAACUCUUCCGGUGGUGUCAAUGGCUACACAUAUUUCUGGAACUACCAUGCACUCGAUAUUGGAACUGCAUCCCACGGUAGUGAGUUCGUUUACACAUUGGGAAAUCUCUGGGCUCAAACUGGUGUUAACUAUACCGCUGAGGAUUGUUAUGUUUCCAAUGUGUUGAGUAGUUACUGGGCCAACAUCAUCAAGACGACUGAUCCAAACUCUGGAACCUGGAGACUCUUAUAA